GCGCAAUUGUUAGCAGACCCUCAAUGAUCAGGCGGUAAAAUGCAGGCAAUCCAAGUUACUUGACUAACAGAUCAUCAGGAUCUUGGUAGGGGCUUGCAGGUACCUACGUAAAGCCUUCUUUCUGAUUCUACUGUAAGCACAGGUGCCGAUCCCGUACCAACACCGGGAUGUCUUAAAACCCCAUCUCUGCCCUUCCUCUCAUACGUCUUUCGUCUUCUCUGAUCAUUCACUAUCCAUUGACCACAAACACAUUUCUCAUAAACGAAACCUUCUCUCGACACAUCUUCACACUGAAAAUCGUCUUGUUCUUCGCACCAUCAUCACCAACACCACACAACCAAAACAACCCAAUAAAUCAGUCAAAAUGACCAAGGGCGAGGCCGUUACUACCAAGAUCCACUUCAAGGGCAAGCAGGAUGACUUUGUCAUUUUUGUUGACGAUGUCGACGAGUUCAAGAAGUGGCAGGGUGACAAGUCAGUCCCUAUGGCCAACUUCAUUUCAAGCUUCAAGAUCUUUGUAACACAAGCACAUGGCGCCACAGGCAGGCUAGAUGCUGCUUCGCAGUACAUGCUCGACAACGAAUUCGGCACCCACGUCGACGAGGAUGUCAUCAAGCAGAUACUGGAGAAGGGCGACCUCAAGGAGUCCAAGUUCCCGGAGCGACAAGGACCCAAGAACGACUCCAACGGCCCUAUGGCUGCCCACUAAACUUGACACGAUAAGCAGUUUAUUAUGGCUUUCCGGAGUUUUGGUAUGGGACGGGGCAGCAUUGUUCACAUGGUUGGCGGGAUUGAUAAUGGUUGGUGUGCCGUGAAAUAAGCUUCAUUCGGACACGCGAGGCAAUCGUCAGGAUGUGUGGGUGGGUGGUCGUAAUAGAUGCCCAUGGACAGACAGACGGACGAUACAUAUAGUAGCAAGCAGCGGUCCACUAGUAGUUAGGGGACCGUAAUAAUCUGCAAUGUGAAAUAAGCCUCAAACGCCAUGAUUCUAGAGAAAACUCUUGCUCCCCAGAAUAGCAAACGUGAGACGUGAAGGAUGUUUUCACUUUCAGUAUUUUGUAGGUGGCAAUAGCAGGGGAAGGUGCUGAUAUGCGUAAGCCUUUUUGUUUACUCCUGGUAGGUAUCGUUUGC